AUUACCAGAGAUUGAUGACUGUGGCAGAGACCAUCACAGCACUAAUGUUUCCAUUCCAGUGGCAGCAUGUAUAUGUUCCCAUCCUGCCAGCCUCUCUUCUUCAUUUCCUAGAUGCCCCUGUCCCUUAUUUGAUGGGCUUGCACUCCAAUGGAUUGGAUGACAGGUCUAAGCUGGAACUGCCUCAAGAGGGCCUAGGGACCAACCGAGAACCUUAUGCCCUAAUGCUGGGCUCUGUUCAGACCUACAGUAAUACAGUCUUCACCCUAGAGAGCUUGCCUCUUAGAAAAAGGCCAACCUAUGCUUUGUGGACAUAGACAACCAUUUCAUUGAACUGCCAGAGGAUUUGCCCCAAUUCCCCAAUAAGCUUGAAUUCAUUCAGGAAAUCUCUGAGAUCCUAAUGGCUUUUGGAAUUCCACCCGAGGGAAACCUGCACUGUAGUGAAAGUGCCUCAAAGAUGAAAAACCUCCGAGUAUGUGAUAUAGUUUCUGAUAAGAGAAAUGGGAACAUAGCUGGGUCACCUCUAAAUUCCUAUGAACUGCUAAAGGAAAAUGAGACCAUAGCAAGGCUGCAAGCACUUGUGAAAAGAACAGGGGUGAGCCUAGAAAAGUUGGAAGUACGAGAGGAGACCAGUAGCAACAAGGAUCUCAAAGUUCAGUGUGAAGAAGAAGAAUUCCGGAUUUACCAGCUGAACAUUCAAAUCCGAGAAGUUUUUGCCAACCGUUUUACGCAGAUGUUCGCCGACUAUGAAGUGUUUGUCAUUCAGCCCAGUCAGGACAAAGAGUCUUGGUUUACCAACAGGGAGCAGAUGCAGAACUUCGAUAAAGCAUCUUUCCUAUCAGACCAGCCUGAACCUUACUUGCCUUUUCUCUCAAGAUUUCUGGAGACACAGAUGUUUGCAUCUUUUAUUGACAAUAAGAUUAUGUGCCAUGAUGAAGAUGACAAAGACCCAGUUUUGCGAGUGUUUGAUUCUAGAGUAGAUAAAAUUAGAUUGUUAAAUGUUAGGACGCCAACUCUGCGCACAUCUAUGUAUCAAAAGUGUACUACCAUUGAUGAGGCAGAGAAAGCUAUUGAGUUAAGACUUGUGAAAAUAGAUCACACUGCAGUCCACCCACACUUGUUAGAUAUGAAGAUUGGACAAGGAAAGUAUGAGCUUGGGUUUUUCCCUAAACUUCAGUCUGACGUACUCUCCACAGGACCAGCAAGCAACAAAUGGACAAAAAGAAAUGCUCCCGCGCAGUGGAGGCGGAAAGAUAGACAAAAACAACACACUGAGCACCUACGUCUUGACAAUGAUCAGAGAGAGCAUCUGGACUUUUCCUUGCCUGAGCUUCAUUUGCAACUAUAUUUAAACUGGGACCAGCAUGAUUGGCCUUUCAAACCCUCUAUAAAAUCUGUAUCAGAGCUUUACCUGAAGUAUAUCCAAGAAGCCAGGAAUCUGGGCAGCACCAUUCGUCAGCCUAAGCUGUCUAAUCUCUCUCCAUCAGUAAUUGCACAAACAAACUGGAAAUUUGUUGAAGGUUUACUGAAGGAAUGUCGAAAUAAGACCAAGAGGAUGCUGGUUGAAAAAAUGGGCAGAGAAGCUGUGGAAUUAGGUCAUGGUGAGGUGAACAUCACAGGUGUAGAAGAGAAUACAUUAAUAGCCAGUCUUUGUGAUCUCUUAGAAAGGAUAUGGAGUCAUGGUCUGCAAGUCAAACAGGAUAGAAGCUGUACUACUUUCAGCCUAGAAGACAGAGCAUCAGUUUACUCUGCUUCAACUCACAUUUGGGCCUUUCAGACAACCAGGCGGCCAACCCCACAUAAGGGAAAAUCUGCUUUGUGGUCGCACUUGUUACACUACCAAGAAAAUAGGCAGAGAAAGCCCACGUCAGGUAGCUUCAGUACCUCAGGAGUACUUCUUGAUUCAGAAAGGAGAAAGUCAGAUGCCAGUCCAGCCAUGUCUCCCCUGAGAAUCUCUCUCAUUCAGGAUAUGAGGCAUAUCCAGAACAUUGGUGAGAUCAAAACAGAUGUUGGUAAGGCCAGGGCCUGGGUUCGACUGUCCAUGGAAAAGAAGUUACUCUCCAGACAUCUAAAGCAGCUUCUUUCAGAUCUUGAACUUACAAAAAAACUGUACAAGCGUUACGCCUUUCUCCGCUGUGAUGAUGAGAAAGAACAAUUCCUUUAUCAUCUUCUGUCAUUUAAUGCUGUUGAUUACUUUUGCUUCACCAACGUUUUCACAACAAUCUUGAUCCCGUACCAUAUACUGAUUGUGCCUAGCAAGAAACUUGGUGGCUCAAUGUUCACUGCUAACCCUUGGAUCUGUAUCUCAGGAGAGUUGGGUGAAACAGGAGUCUUGCAGAUUCCCAGGAAUAUACUGGAGAUGACAUUUGAGUGCCAGAAUCUGGGAAAACUUACCACAGUACAAAUAGGACAUGAUAAUUCAGGGCUCUACGCCAAGUGGCUGGUGGAAUAUGUGAUGGUCAGAAAUGAAAUAACAGGGCAUACUUACAAGUUUCCUUGUGGGAGGUGGCUUGGAAAGGGAAUGGAUGAUGGCAGUUUAGAGAGGAUCCUGGUGGGAGAGUUACUAACGUCACACACCGAGGCAGAUGAGAGGCAGUGCAGAACCCCGCCUCUGCAGCAGUCACCAAGUAUGAUCCGAAGAUUUGUCACUAUAUCACCAAAUAACAAACCAAAGUUAAACACAGGUCAGAUACAAGAAGCGAUUGGUGAAGCAGUGAAUGGCAUUGUCAAGCAUUUCCACAAACCGGAAAAGGAGAGAGGCAGUCUCACUCUGUUGCUAUGUGGAGAAAGUGGACUCGUUUCGGCUCUUGAGCAGGUGUUUCAGCAUGGAUUUAAAUCACCCAGACUCUUCAAAAAUGUCUUUAUUUGGGACUUUCUCGAAAAAGCACAAACCUAUUACGAGACCCUUGAUCAGAGUGAAAUAGUCUCAGAGGAGAACUGGCAGACUAGAGCCAGGAUUUUUUGUCGCUUCAUCACUGCUAUCAACAACACUCCUAGAAACAUUGGGAAGGAUGGCAAGUUUCAGAUGCUGGUGUGCCUUGGAGCCAGAGACCACCUCUUACACCAUUGGAUCGCCUUGCUUGCAGACUGUCCAAUCACAGCACAGAUGUACGAGGACAUAGCAUUGAUUAAGGACCACACUCUUGUUAAUUCCUUGAUUCGAGUGCUGCAGACCUUGCAGGAAUUCAACAUUACGCUGGAGGCUUCUCUUGUCAAAGGAAUAGACAUCUGAUCUUUUUCACCGCAGACUCAAAAAAAAAAAAAAAAAAAAGAAGAAGAAAAGCAACAAGGAACAACUCUUAUUAGUAUGCAAAGGUUCUUUCUGCUAAUAGGCUGUAUUGUGAACUUGUUUAUGGCUA